AUGCGUUUCACUUCGCUUGUCGCCCUCCUCCCUGCCGUCGUUUUGGCGCAGGAGCAGAUUCCCCUCGUCGAUCGCGUCCAGGGAUGGUUCAACAAGGCCAAGGCCAUUGUUCCCACUGCUGUGCCGUCCGAGCCUAUCGUGAAGCUGGCCGAGAAGGUUUCGGAGAAGUCUGUCACUCCCAUCACCCUCAGCAACUGGCAGCCCACCCUGGAGCCCAGCUCCGAAGCGAAGGACUGGUACAUUUACGUGACCGGCGGUAACAAGACCUGCUUCGGUCGCUGCGAUCGUGCCGAUAAGGCCUUCAAGGAAUCCGUCCUCCUCUUCUCUGCCGACCCGACUGCCCCCAACCUCGGUCUACUGGACUGCGAGGAGAACCGCGUUCUUUGCGCUGCCUGGUCCGCCGGUGCUCCCUCCGUCUACUACUACCAGAUCCCUAAGGCCCAGCCCGAGGGCGAGGAGCGUCUGCCCACCCCCCUGCACGUCGUCUACAUGAAUACCACCACCGUCACUCCCGAGAACUUCUACGAAAUCCACUCCAAGAAGAUCUAUGAGGAUGCCGCCGAGUACACUGGCGCUUUCCACCCCACCGACGGCUGGCUGGCGAAGUACCAGCUGCUCAUGCCCCUUGGCUAUGUCAUCUUCGCCGUUGGUGCUAUUCCCAGCUGGUUGUUCAUGAUUGGUAUUAGUUUCUUCAGCCGUACCGUCAUGGGUCGCCGUAUGAACAACGUGGGCACUAACCGCCCUGCCGCUGCUCCUGCUGCGGGAAGUGCUAACUAA